AUGGAGAAUGGUGAAACAGGACUUCAACAAACGGAAAUAAGCAAUGAGGCAUUGAUUGACAUACAAGAGUCUGACUCAGACUUCGAAGGAAGUAAACAAAUGGAAAGAAGCAAUGAUGAUGCGGUGACUGACAUUAAAGUUGAAGACCUGGACUCGGUAUUGGAAGCAAGUGAACAAAUGGAAAGACGUGGUGAGGAUGCAGUGAUUGACGUGGGAGACCCGUACUUAAAAUUGGAAACUUCUCUAAUGAAUGAACUGGAAUCUUUGCAUCCUUUAUCUGAAAAAUGCAUCAUCCAUAGAGUUCAAGAGAAAUUACGUCAGCUAGAUCAAAAAGCCUACACACCUCGAAUAGUCUCUAUUGGUCCAAUUCAUCACGGUAAACCAAUGUUAAGAGCAAUGGAAGAGUAUAAAAUAAGGUACUUACAAAAGUUUCUUCAAAGAAUUAAUCAAGUAGGCUUGAAAGAUUUUAUAAAAGUUAUAAAGAAAAAGGAAACAAAAGUGCGUAAUUGUUAUGCAGAAAUAAUUAGAAUUGAUAGUGCUGCCCUUGUGAAACUGAUUUUAAUGGAUGCUGCCUUCAUUUUAGAGGUACUAUUAACGGAGACUGAAGAGAAAUUCCCUAUUUAUGAUCAUGUAUUUAAUAGCCCACGUAAGAUAUUUGAUGUUGCGAAUGACUUGUUUUUGCUUGAAAAUCAGCUUCCAUUCUUCAUUCUUGAAGAUUUGUUUGGGCUAGCGGAUAUCGACAUAUCCUUGGACAAUCAAGAGAAGCCUUCUAUUCUUAAGAUUAUCCAUCAAUUCAUCUAUCGUAAUUGGGAUUACCUAGGAAUAGAGGAGAACCUUGAUGAAAGUAAAUAUUCAGGGGUGAAGCAUCUUGUUGAGUUUCUAAGAAUUUCUGUUGUACCUUUGAAUCCACAGUUGAAAGAGAUACAAAAAAUUCUAACAACACCAAGUGUGAAAGAACUACAGCAAGCUGGAGUUAAGUUUAAAUUGGGGUCAAGCAAAAACUUAUUUGAUAUAAGAUUUCACAAUGGAAUAUUAGAAAUUCCACUAAUCACAAUACGAAGUCCCCUGGAAAAUCUUUUGAAAAAUCUUUUGGCCUUUGAGCAAAGUCACUGCAAAGAAGAUCUCUUAAAUGACUAUAUUAUCAUCAUGAAUUAUCUUGUUAACACUCCCAAGGACGUGGAUAUACUUGUCCAGUGUCAAAUUAUUCACAAUCCAGUAGGAGAUUGUGAACUGGUGUCACGUCUAAUUCACCGCCUUAAUCAACGGCCUUUUUUCUGUUCUCGUUUCCUUUAUUCUUCUCUUGUGGAAGAGCUGAACGAGUACUGCAGAAGACCAUCGCACCGGUGGAAGGCAACCUUGAAACAAGAUUAUUUCAAAACUCCGUGGACCACCGUUUCUGUAAUUGCUGCUACUAUUCUCCUCAUACUCACUGUACUAUUAAUGCAUUUUAAAAAGGAUGACCCUAAUUCUGAUCGUGUAUAUGGUAGUGCCAAAAAUGAUUUUGAUGUUAUCGGUGACUUGUACAAGCUCGAAAAUCAGCUUCCAUUCUUCAUUCUUGAGGAUUUGUUCAGGCUAGCCAACAUUGGCAUAUCUUGUGCCCCUAAAGUGAAGCAUUCUUUUUCUUGA